CGGGGCUGUGCUGCGCGCUUGCCAACACCAAAAGCCAGCGUUAUAAAUCCACCACCACCUCACAUCAACAUCAGCAUCACCAUCAUCAAACAAACCAUCAAAAUGAAUCCAGCCCAAUUCGCCAAAUUCCUCCCUCGACAAGCACCACGCACCGCAUCAGCCCACAUAAUCGACUUUACCACCACCACCCCCUCAAUCCCAAAAUACAACAAUCUCUUCGCGGCCGUCAUCGACAACAUCCUCACAGAAUCUGAAUGCAACGAGCUCAUCCAGCUGGCAGAAUCAUCAACCAUCACCCCCUCCUCGCCAACACCAACAUGGGAACGCGCAAUGAUCAACGUCGGCGGCGGACGACAGGUGCUCGCAACAGACACGCGGAACUGCGGGCGUAUCAUCUACGACGCGCCAGACAUCGCUGACAAGCUGCUUCAACGGCUAAUGCCUUUUCUGAGAAAAUUCGAGAUUGAUAAAAUCGACAAUAAACCCCGCGUAACUGGCCUCCAAGGCCGAGGAAAAACAUACACCCUCACCCGUCUGAACGAACGACUCCGCUUCCUCAAGUACGAGGGAGGCGAGUAUUUCAGACCGCACUGGGACGGGCGGUAUACAACCCCCGACCGCAAGGAAUGCUCAUACUACACCAUCCAGCUAUAUCUCCACGGCGAGGGCGAGCAAGAUCUAACCGAGCUGGAAGAGGCGAGCAAAACCGUGGCGGGGACAGAUGACGCUAAUCUGGAUAAAUCGGGGGAACUACUCGGUGGCGCAACGUCGUUUAUCCCGUGCUUUGAGGACGAGGAGACGAAGGUUCGGGUGUUUCCUAAGACGGGGUCGGUGUUGGUGUUUCAGCAGAAUGACCUGAUGCAUGGGGGGGAUCCGGUGUUUAGGGGAGUCAAGUAUACGGUGAGGACGGAGAUCAUGUAUUCUUUGCGUGAUUAAUGUGAUAUAACUGAGUUGUUGAUGAUAAAAAAAGCAACUGUUUAAUAUCACCCUGGUGUGUAGGAUG